CUCGCGUUCAUUUGAAGCGCCACCAAUACCAACCCAUUUUACUCAAAAAGGUCAAACCUCAAUAAACCCCUAAACCAAAAACCUCAAAAUCCAUUUAUCCUUCCCAAAUCACCAUCUCCUUCAUCUUCUAGCCGCCAUUUCUGCAGGUCAUCCAUGGCAGAAAUCGGCCAACCUCUCAACGGUAAAAUCACUUCAGCUGCUAAUUCAAAAGACGAAGCUUAUCUCACUUCAGUCAUUCCUAAGCGAAUCUCUCUCUUCGAAUCCAUUAAAGCUGAACAAGCUCUCCAUCAUCUCUCCAUUUCCGGCGAAUCCAUCAAGAUUACAUUGCCGGAUGGAAAUGUUAAGGAAGGUAAAAAAUGGAUUACAACUCCAUUUGAAAUCGCAGCGCAGAUUUCGAAGAAAUUGGCGUCGAAUGCUGUGAUUUCUAGGGUUAAUGGUGAUCUUUGGGAUAUGAAUAGACCUUUUGAAGGUGAUUGUGAUUUGAAAUUGUAUACUUUUGAUGAUGAUGAAGGUAGAGAUACUUUUUGGCAUUCUAGUGCUCAUAUUCUCGGUCAGGCUCUGGAGAUGACGUAUGGAUGCAAGCUUUGCAUUGGUCCAUGUACUACUCGAGGAGAGGGUUUCUAUUAUGAUGCAUAUUAUGGAGAACUGAGCUUGAAUGAGGAUAACUUCAAACAAAUUGUGGAAGGGGCAGAAAAAGCUGCUACGGAGAGACAACCGUUUGAACGCAUUGAAGUGACAAGACAACAGGCACUUGAGAUGUUUUCCGACAAUAGAUUUAAGGUUGAAAUUAUCAAGGAUCUGCCUGAAGACAAAACAAUAACAGUAUACAGAUGUGGUCCUUUGGUUGAUCUCUGUCGUGGUCCCCAUAUACCCAAUACGUCCUUUGUAAAGGCCAUAAGUUGCUUAAAGGCUUCAUCUGCUUACUGGAGGGGUGACAGAAACCGAGAAAGUUUGCAAAGGGUUUAUGGAAUUUCUUACCCUGAUUCAAAACGGUUGAAGGAAUACCUUAAGCAGCUGGAGGAAGCUAAAAAAUAUGACCAUAGGUUACUGGGUGUAAAGCAAGAGCUUUUCUUUUGUCACCCACUAAGCCCAGGAAGCUGGUUUUUUCUUCCACUUGGUGCUCGCAUAUACCAAAAGUUGAUGGAUUUUAUUCGAAGUGAAUAUAGGAACAGAGGCUAUGAGGAGGUAAUCAGUCCAAAUAUUUACAAUAUGCAACUAUGGGAAACAUCUGGUCAUGCUGCAAAUUACAAGGAGAACAUGUUUGUGUUUGAGAUUGAAAAGCAGGAGUUUGGGCUUAAACCAAUGAAUUGCCCAGGGCAUUGUUUGAUGUUUGAGCAUAGAGUGCGUUCAUACAGAGAACUUCCUCUUCGCUUCGCUGAUUUUGGGGUGCUGCACAGAAAUGAGGCUAGUGGUGCACUCACUGGAUUGACUCGUGUUAGGAGAUUCCAGCAGGACGAUGCUCACAUCUUCUGCCGGGAAGGCCAAGUGAAAGAUGAAGUCAGGGCUGCGCUAGAUUUUAUCAGCUAUGUGUAUGAGAUCUUCGGGUUUACCUUCGAUCUAAAGCUGUCAACCAGACCAGAGAAGUUCCUUGGUGAUAUAGAGACCUGGGACAAGGCUGAGGCUGCACUCACUGAAGCUUUGAACGAGUCCGGUAAGCCAUGGCAGUUAAAUGAAGGAGAUGGUGCAUUUUACGGACCAAAGAUUGAUAUUAGUGUUUCUGAUGCAUUAAAGAGAAAAUUCCAGUGUGCAACAUUGCAGUUGGAUUUUCAACUCCCCUUGCGAUUUAAUUUGUCCUACUCAGCAGAAGAUGAAGCUAAAAGAGAGCGACCUGUAAUUAUCCAUAGAGCCAUCCUUGGCUCUGUGGAACGGAUGUUUGCAAUUCUUCUGGAGCACUAUAAGGGAAAAUGGCCUCUUUGGCUGAGUCCACGUCAAGCUAUUGUGUGCAAUGUGUCUGAAAAAUCGUCAGCUUAUGCUCAUGAGGUGUGUGAUCAGAUCCACAAGGCUGGGUAUUUUGUUGACGUUGAUACAAGUGAUAGAACAAUUAACAAGAAGGUAAGAGAAGCACAGUUGUCGCAGUACAACUACAUACUGGUAGUUGGGGAGAAAGAUGCUGAAAACCGGGUGGUGACGGUGAGAGUGAGGGACAAGAAUGAGCAUUCUCCAAUGUCUGUUGAGAACCUACUUAAGCAUUUUGGUGAGGAGGUAAAAGCGUAUCAUUAGUGUCAUUGAAUACCUCAUGCCUUAUGGUAGGCUGUGGCCUGCAGCAUUACCAUAUAGUGAAGCUUUUUUGUAAGUUUCGAAUUGAUUUCAUAGUCCUCUUCGACUGACUACAUAGUGCUGACAGCCGCAGAUGUUCUUAAUUAUUUCUGUCAAGUUAAGUUGAUGUUUUUGGGAAUUAUAUCAAAAUGAGCGGUAUUCUA